AUGGCGGUCACAUCUACCAAUAUACUCCUCUUUGGUGCCGGCAGCAUCGGCGGUGUCUACCUGUAUCAGCUGCUUCAAGCUGGCUGCUCGGUAACAACCGUCUGUCGAUCCAAUUACAGCACGGUCAAGGAACGAGGCUUCAAACUAUCGUCUGUACGAUAUGGCAAUGUCGCCUUCAGACCAACUACCGUCGUGCGGGACAUCUCUGAAUGCGAGAACAUCUCGUUUAACUUUGUUCUGGUCUGCACAAAGUCCUUUCCAGGCAGCAAACCAUCGUUGCCUGAACAACUCAGACCUGUUCUGGAAGGCAGGCCACAGACGACCAUUGUUUUGGCACAGAACGGAAUCAUGAUUGAAGAGGAGAUCGCGGCAGCAUUCCCUAAGAAUCCCAUCUUGAGCGGCGUCGUCUACUGUCCCGCGGUGCAGACAGGUCCUGGCACAAUUGAGUAUCCCGAGAUGCUCAACCUCUUCGAACUAGGCACUUAUCCCUCCAAGGCGCCCCAGUCACACAAGGAUGCUGCAAGACGCUUUGCAGACCUCAUGAUCAAGGGCGGCGGUGGUGCCGAGGUCCACGAAAAUAUUCAGAUCGCGCGCUGGUCCAAGCUACUCAUGAACGCGGCAUGGAAUCCCAUUGGGGCUCUCACCCUCACUACGGAUGGGGACUUUUUGCGCACCUCGGAGCCGUACGCUCAUGACUUGGCGUGGGGCAUCAUGAUGGAGCUCGUCGAGCUGGCAAAAGCAACCGGCAUCGAGGGCGUGACGGUUGAGGUGGCCGAGAAGAAGUUCUCCAUCGCAAAGAAGAGGGCGGAGACGGGGACGGGGAGAGAGAUGAGCAUGCUCCAGGAUGUCAGGCAGAACAGAGAGUUCGAAGUGGAAGCAAUUCUGGGCAAUGCCUUGAGACUUGGGAAGCAAAAUGGUGUCCCCUUGCCUCGAUUAGAGACACUGUAUGCCCUAGCCAAGGCUAGAUGCUGGGCGCUGGUCAAGGAGAGGGCAACCUGA